CUUUGCUAUUUAAAGGCCAAUUCCUCCCAGUUUUUCUCCAGUUUUGCGCUCACCAUCUUCUCAACUUUCAUCACCAGGCUGGUCCGUGGUGUUUAUACCUACAUAAUAUAAUCAACAUGUCGUCCCGUAAAUCUUCUUCCAAACCUCUCCCCAAGUUCGACAUUGGUGAGGACUAUCAGCUGUUGUACGCACUUGGUCAGGGAGCGUACGGUACUGUUGCAGCUGGUAUCCAUAAACCCAGUGGGCGUCAAGUGGCUAUCAAGAAGAUUCUUCCUUUUGACCACACUUUAUGCUGCCUACGAACCUUACGAGAACUCAAGCUGUUGAAAUUCUUUUCAGAGUCUUGUGUUAACGAGAACAUUAUCACGGUUUUGGACAUCGUGAAGCCUUCUUCCUUGGACGCUUUCAAGGAAAUCUACUUUGUCCAAGAGCUCAUGCAGACUGACUUACACAGAGUCAUCAGGACGCAACACCUCACCGAUGACCACUGCCAGUACUUUGUUUAUCAGACACUUCGUGCCCUCAAAACGAUUCACAGUGCGGACAUUGUUCACCGUGACUUGAAGCCAGCCAACCUUCUCCUCAAUGCUAAUUGUGACCUCAAAGUCUGUGAUUUCGGGCUCGCGAGGAGUAUCAAGACCACUGCUCCCGUUGGCAAAGGUCAGGGUGGGAUGACUGAAUACGUCGCCACCAGGUGGUACCGUGCUCCCGAAAUCAUGUUGUCGUUCAAGAUGUACACCAAGGCUGUGGAUUUGUGGGCCGUUGGCUGUAUUCUCGCGGAGCUUAUUUCUGGGCGCCCCUUGUUCCCCGGGCGCGACUACAGCCACCAGCUUGACCUAGUGCUCGACGUUAUCGGCACCCCGACCCUGGAUGAAUUUUAUGCGAUCACCUCGCGGAGGUCGCGUGAGUACAUCCGAUCUCUGCCUAUCCGUAGGAAGAGGAGCUUUGCCUCACUUUUCCCUCAUGCCUCCUCUGAUGCCAUCGAUUUCUUGAACAAGACCCUGACAUUUGAUCCGAAGAAGCGUAUGACUGUAGAGGAGGCGCUUGAGCAUCCCUACGUUGCUGCAUAUCACGAUGCAGAUGACGAGCCCGCUGCUAACUCUCUGAGCCCCGACUAUUUCCAAUUUGAUCUUGAGAAAGAACAACUGUCGAAGGACGAUUUAAAGAAGCUGCUUUAUGACGAGGUCAUGUCCUUCCAACCUGUCAUUGGCAACACUAGCGGCUGAAUGCUUUAUAUCCCCGACAUUUUAUCGUUGCCCCCCUUGUUAAAGUCCGACAGCUCAUGAUCCAUAAGCUAGAGGUGGCCGUUCGUACACUACAUCUUCCACUACACGGGAUACGUAGCGUACAUUUAGUUGUCUUGUGUUAGCGAGAGGUCUGUUGCACUGCGGAGAAUCAUCGAAGAAGCACUAUGUACAGGAUAAUAUCAUGUUGAUAAUAGGUUAAUCGAUUGAAAUUUGGGAUAAUUGUUUAGAAAGACCAAGCAUACAUGUAUAGGCUCAAGCUUGCUCUGGUAAAUAGUAUCAGUAUCUGGUACCUUGUAUUGUCGCAUUGACGCAUUGAACAUAGACUCUUGAGAACCUUUAAUUUCCUCAGCUCGGUUGGUAAAA